AAGUUCGGUAAACAGAUCCAGCGCCGGCAGCUCGAUCUUCCCGAAUAUGCGGCCAGCUUCGUCAACUACAAGGCGCUGAAAAAGCUCAUCAAGCAACUCAGCGCCACACCUACUAUCCCCGCGCAGAGGACCGCAGAGGAAAUCGCCCAAGAUGGCACGCUGGAUCCCCAGGCUGCCCUCCGCGCGAACAAGGAGGUGUUCUUCUUCCGCUUGGAGCGGGAGAUUGAAAAAGUCAACAUCUUCUAUCUUCAGAAAGAAUCAGAGUUCUCCCUACGCUUGAAAACGUUAGUCGACAAGAAGCGCGUGAUCCAGUCGCGAUCUGUCUCCAAUUCCAAAGCCCCGUCGAAUUUUGUGGCACUUUUCGAAGGAUUCCAGCAAUUCGAUGGAGAUCUGAACAAAUUGCAGCAAUUCGUCGAGAUUAACGAGACCGCCAUGUCCAAGAUCCUGAAGAAAUGGGACAAGACGUCCAAAUCUCGCAUGAAAGAGCUGUAUCUGCACCGCGCAGUCGAAGUACAACCUUGUUUCAACCGCGAGGUCCUUCGGGACCUCUCGGACCGGGCCACUACCGCUCGGUUAGAAUUGGAGGCGUGGGCGGAGGGAGAGAACCUACAGUUCGAUACUUCGCGACCGAUUGAGCGUGCUAUGGCACCCUUUGGUACGGAGGAAGAGGAACUGGAUCUUCAAGUCCUGCAAUCGGCCUCCACUGGAAACCUGCAGACCCUGCGGGAGUGGGUUGCAAAGCUGCACUCCUUCCCAGAUGCCCGAGACCGGGCUACAAGGGCCUUCCUGAACGCGAUCAAUGGCUCCGCCGACGAGGUCCUUGGCCUUCUUCUGGAGAGUGGCUUGGUCGACAUCCAUGCCGAGGAUGACAUCAAUGAGAGAAACUGUCUCCACGAGGCUGCAAUCUCUGGACGAGACUUUGUCUUCAAAGCCGGCCUUGCAACCGGGGUGGAUUUCUCCAUGUCCGAUGUCUAUGGACGCAUUCCUCUACACUACGCGUGUAUGCACGGUCGAGUGGAUAUGGUGCGGGAGCUGCUGGCGGCUGGCCCGCAAACGGUGGAUGUGAUGGAUCAUGAUAAUUUCACCCCUUUGAUCCACAGCAUUGUCAAGGGUCAGCUCGCGUGUGCUGAGCAGGUGCUUUAUAGUAACGCUCGGAUCGAUCCAGCUUCUGAAUCGGAUCAUAUCCCGCUCAAUUUGGCCUGCCAACAUGGCUCCCUCCCGAUUGUGAAGAUGCUCCUCGAACGCAAGGCCCGCUUGCUGCCCGAUGCCGAGGGUCUCUACCCCCAGCAUAUGGUGGCCCGGGCUUCCCAAUCACCAGAUCUUCUCCUCCUGCUGAAGCAGCACGGUGCCGAUCUAGACCAACGUGACAAACUGUAUCAGUGGACACCCCUCUUCCAUGCUGCAAGCGAAGGCUGCGUACCGUGCCUGCGGACGCUUCUUGAACUGGGCGUGGAUGCGAAGGUGGCUGAUGAGAAGGGCUUGUCGGCCAUGUACUAUGCCGCGUGGGAAGGGCAUUUGGAGUGUAUGUUGCUUCUGUGGGCUCAACCAUCGCACGCGCGCCCAUCUCAGCGGCCGUUGGAUCUCCUAAAUGGCGUGCAGUUCCAGGAGCCCGGCCUGAUGGAGGGUUCUGGAGCUAUGCGUCGUGCCAGCUCUGCUGAUAUGGAUAUUGCUGAUGGCAUCCCUGACCUGGAACUCCCUCCACCGAUCAUCCCUCUUCGUCGUUAUGGUCACAACUUCCUGGACAAGAAGGUCUUUGUCCAGCUUCUCUUCGACCAAGGCAACUCUGGCUCCAUUGCCUUUGAACAGGCCGGUCGCCACCCUGCAGCCCGUCUGACUAUCUCCUCCAAACUCUCUGAUCUCAUCCCCCGCACUAUUGUUCUUCCCAUCCAAGAUGAUUCUCGAACGAUUUCCUUCCAUGUGGAUAAUUUGGAUACCUUUGCUGUCGACUUUGAGAUUUUCCCGACGUUUGGAUCCAAGGUGAUUGCAAAGAGUGUGGCUUUGCCGGUGAUCUUUUGCGCAGAGAAGUCCAGCACGGGUUCCUGCUGCUUGCCUCUCUUCGACCCUCGGCUCCGGGCUAUUGGUCAACUGCGCUUCAACUUCCAGGUCAUCAAGCCGUACCACGGUGACCCUUUGGAAAUCACUCAUUUCGCGACAUAUUGGAAGGCGACAAGUGCCGUCGACUCGGAACACAAUGGUCUGGUUACCGGCUCCAGUCUGUCGGGAGACUAUGUGCAGCUUUUCGUGCAGCUCACUCGUGACCGCGUACCAGUCCUGUACCCACAGUUCAUGAUCAACCAUCACGGAAUCGAUAUCCCCGUGUGUCGGUUGUCAUAUGCUCAGUUCCAGGCAAUUGGUGCGGAGCGGGGCGUCAAUCAACAAGAGAUCUCGCAGUUCUUGGAGACACAAGCUGUCAACGACAUGCCGCAGACCCAUCGCCUCCUGGCUGCAUCCUUUAUGUCUCUGCGGGAGGUCCUGCGGCAGCUCCCGAUUGACGUGAACGUCAAUCUCUCCGUUCUCUACCCCUCCAGUAACGAGGAGAAAUCUCUUGACUUGACCUCUCUGGCCGAUGUCAACAGCUUUGCCGACGCCAUCCUGACUGAUGUCUUUGAUCAUGCCCGUGUCGCUCGCGAGAAGAGCCCUGACUUUAUGCGCUCCGUCGUCUUCACCUCAUAUAACCCCAAUAUUUGCACUGCGCUCAACUGGAAGCAGCCCAACUACCCGGUUCUCCUUUGCAACGACCUUGGCCAAAUUCGGGACCUUGCUGGCGAUGUGGAUGCACUGCCUCAUGUGAACAGUAGCGGCCGCGCCUCAAUGUCGAUCAAGGAGUCCGCGCGUAUCGCUCAGAGUAACAACUUUAUGGGUCUGAUUUGCCGGUCAAGCCUUCUGAACGUCGUCCCCGCUCUCGUGGAGACUAUCAAAGAACUUGGCCUCGUACUGGUGGGCGACACCUGCGACGAGACUGGGCAACCUGACCGCAGCGAUGGCCUUUCCUCUGCCAAUGCCAUGGGCGUGGCCGAGUGGGCGUACCGAAUGCCAGACGGCGUGAACGGCGUGAUGAAAGCCAACGGCAUCCUCCGAUUCAACGAUAUGAUCGAUAUGUGA